AAUAAAAGCGCUGUGGGACGUGAGAGACAUCUUCACAUGUUAUCUGCUUUACAAACGGUGUUAUUGGAACCGAUAGACGUGGUGGUGUUUUGUGCAGGAACAAAAGCGUGAGACACUUUUGUUUUGGUAUAUAACUGCCUUUAACUGAAUUAUAUUAAUUAAAAAUAAUUAUUUUAACGUGCAACAACAAAACAGUCCACUGUGUCAGUGGAGUAACUGCGACACAAAGUACUCUGUUUAGUGUAUUUAAUUAUUUAAACCAAACUUCUGUAUUAAAAAACACUGAUAUAAAUAAAAUGUGCUGUUCACUGCAACAAUUACCUUUUUAUGACAAACAUGUGGCAUUUUUAUUUGUCAUUUUAUAAGUUACAGUACUGUAUUAUUGUUGCAACCAGGGCAGGUAUUGUGUGUGUGGUAAUGUGAGUAUACAGCAUACAUCUCCCAGUGUAAACAAAUGAACUGCACACAUUUUUAUAAUUUUACUAUCCACUGUAUGUUUACUCCCAGUAAUGUGGGGAACCAUUUGACUUAAAAAUACUUUGUUAAUAUAGAUCCUGAAUUUCUUCAGGUCUUUCCAUCUUGCAGCAACAUUAAUAUUCAAGACUUUGGAGCUGAUGUUGCUCAACAUCUUCCUGCUCUCAGUAUUUUAUAUAAAACAAAGACGGUAUGUAUCUUCUUCAUUCAUAUUUUAUUUAAAUCAAAUAACAGCUAGGAGACUACUUUUUACUCUCCUCUUAAAAAUCCUCCGGUCAUAUAAACGGUGUGCGCGCGCACACACGUACACACCGAGUGAUGUCACCGGCCUGCGGACAUCUCCACACUGUCACUUUAACGCCACGGCCGUCCAGGGGGGGCUCGGCUCCGCUCGUGAGCUUUUUUUCUUCUUUUCUCCUCCUCCUUCUCCCGGACCGGUUUGCAGCGGCUGCAGCAGAUUGGCUGAAGAGUGUCUGCGGGCCGGUGGCCACCGGGAGGACGCGGCGCUGCUCGGUUCCACGCGCACGGAGACGUGCGGCGAGAAUGCAUCGUUAUGCUCCGGGAGGGAGGGCGGAUUUGAGCCACGCCACAUUUCUCCAGUAUAGUCCCGACCCGCCCCCUUUUUCUUCAUCUUUUUAAAGAAAGCUGCGGGGCCUUGAGAACGCAAUCACCGCCUUGAUGGUUCGCGGACAGCAGCGCAGCGCGCAGGCGACGGGCAGCGCUCCGCGCGGUUGAUCGAGAACUUGGUGGAAGGGACGCGGUCAAGAUGGCAGCUGUGUGCGGACUGAUAACGCCGAUGUGGUGGCAUUAGGCUAAGUCUUUUUUUUAAUUCAUUUUUUAUUGAAUUUUAUUUGGCAUGCACGCUUGCGUAGGACGCGGGCGAGUGUAAAAAAAUUAGACCCCUCCGCUGACUCCCCCUCCUCGCGUGUUCGUGGUUAUUGCAUUGCGUGUUGCCCAGGGUGUGGACCGUGCACGAGACCAGGCAACGCGCAGUUAAUACCGGUCAGUUCCGAUCAGCUCCGCGUGCUGCUGGAUAGACGCCUCGCGGGGAGGGACAGAGAUAAGCACACGUGCUUGCGGGGUUGGACGCCGUGCGUACCGUGCAUAGUAAAUACACACCCGUUCCCCCGAAGGCUGCACCGCAACAUUGAUGGAAUGCGACCCGAGUGAUUUUUCGUUUGUAACCCUUUGUGCAAAGCGAGGCGAUAUAUCGUGAUUAACAUGGCUGAGGCGGCGGCGCCGCGCCACGGCGACGAGUCCCCCUCGAACGUGGAGAUAGAUCCGGAUUUCGAGCCCCAGAAGCGGCCGCGGUCUUGCACUUGGCCCCUGCCCCGUCCGGAGUCCGGCGCGGACAAGCCCGGAACAAAUGACACUGACGUAAUCCCCGAAGAAGAGGACGAUGAGCACGAGGGUGGCGACGCUCAGAAAGCCGGCGACGACGACGACGGUGGCUGUGCGACGUCUCGCGUGUCGAGCAGCGGCAGCAGCAGAGCCGUGUCCCAGCCGGUGGAGGUCCAGCGGGGCCCCUGCAAGGAGGAGGCCGCCGACGGCUCUCCGUCCUCGACGCAGACCCCCGCCGCGGCUCUGGGCGGCUCUGCCUCGCAGCAGCUGAGGAAGUCCUCCUCCCGCAGGAACGCCUGGGGCAACUACUCCUAUGCCGACCUCAUUACGCAAGCCAUCGAGAGCUCCCCCGAGAACAGGCUGACCUUGUCCCAAAUCUACGACUGGAUGGUGAGGUCUGUGCCAUAUUUCAAGGACAAAGGCGACAGCAAUAGCUCUGCUGGCUGGAAGAAUUCCAUCCGACACAAUCUGUCCCUCCACAGCCGCUUCGUGAAAGUCCUGAACGAAGGCACGGGGAAGAGCUCCUGGUGGAUGGUCAACCCGGAAGGCGGGAAAGGAGGCAAAGCUCCCCGACGCCGGGCCGUCUCCAUGGACAACAGCAAGUACAUCAAGGGAGCCCGAGGGCGCGCCACCAAGAAGAAGGCCUCGCUGCAGGCGGCGCAAGAGGGCAGCUCGGAGAGCUCGUCCGGCAGCCUCUCCAAGUGGACCGGGAGUCCCACGUCCCGCAGCAGCGACGAGCUGGACGCCUGGACCGACUUCCGCUCGCGGACCAAUUCCAACGCCAGCACGCUGAGCGGCCGCCUGUCCCCGAUCCUCGCCAACCUGGAGCUGGACGAGGCGCCGGACGACGACGCGCCCCUCUCCCCGAUGCUGUACUCCAGCCCCAGCAGCAUGUCCCCGGCGGCGGCGGCGGCGGCGCCCCCCGCGGGGCUCUCCGACCUGGCGGGCACCAUGAACCUCAACGACGGGCUCGCCGACAACCUGAUGGACGACCUCCUGGACAACAUCAGCCUGGCGGCGUCCCAGCAGCCGCCCCCCGGCGAGGAGGUGAACGCCGACGACGGCGAGGGGAGCUCGGUGUUCACCUUCGGCGGCGGGCUGGGCAGCCCCGCGGGCAGCUACGGGCCGAGCCCCCUCUUCAGCCCGCCGUCCGUCACCAGCCUGCGGCAGUCGCCCAUGCAGACGAUCCAGGAGAACAAGCAGACCUCCUUCUCCUGCGUCUCGCACUUCAGCGACCACCAGACGCUGCAGGAGCUGCUCAGCCUGGACGCCCACAGCCCCGGCAGCGUCAUGCUCACGCAGUCGGACCCGCUGAUGUCGCAGGCCAGCGCCGCCAUCGCCCUGCAGAACUCCCGGCGCAACGCCCUGCUGCUGCUGCGCAAGGACCACGCGGCGCCGGAGAGCCCCGCCGGCGAGGCCCGGAGCUCGUCGGACAAAGACGCCGCCGAGCCGCCGCGCCUGAAGUCCCCCGGCAAGAGCGCGGCGAUGCAGCUCGGCGCCGGUUUGCCCGGCCAGGACCUGGACCUGGACGUGUUCAACGGCAGCCUGGAGUGCGACAUGGACUCCAUCAUCCGCAACGAGCUGAUGGACGCCGACUGCCUGGACCUCAGCUUCGACGCUCGCCUCGCCGCCGCGCCCAACGCCAACACCUCGCCUCGCCGCUGGCUGCCGAGCUGAGGAGCUCGAGCAAAGUCGGGACGAUGUCAAAUUGGGUUCCUCGUCCUGCGUCGUACAAUUGGAGGGAAGCGCGUCUGUAAAGAUGUUUUCAUGUGGUGUUUCUUUUUAACGCGAGGCAAUCGGUUUUGUACUGUAUUUUAAAAUAUCCCCGCGACGCGUACGACGGUGUCUUCGCGGAAGCGAUUAUUUUAAACAACGGAUCGACGCCUGGGCGCUGUGAGCAAACGGAGUGGACUGGAAGGGGACAUUUAGUUAAAAAAACUUUACGAAGAGACGCAUCAACUCGUGUUGGUCUCAGGGAAUCACUCGCGCAGCGUCACGCGACGCGCGAAACUGAAGAUGAAUUCUGUUUUCACCGAGCUCGUCUUUCAUACCUGAACCUGAAACGUUUUUUGCCAAACCAGCCGUCGGCCUCGCGCCGAUCCACGGCCCGUUUACAGAAAAAAAGCUGCAGAGAAUGUUCCGACUAUUACGUUCCAGUGGACGAUACUUGACUAGCUUUCUUUUUUUCUUCAAUGUUUUUUUGAGACUAAUGUUAACCCUCUCCUCCCCUCCAUUAAUGCACAGUCACCAAAUGUCAAUCUCUAGAGGUAAAUGUGUUUCCAGGAUGCGAACAGGUCUACAUUGUGUGUUUGUUUUUUGUUGAUUUUAGCGACAUAACUGAAUUCUGUUCCUUCCGAAGAGGUGCAUUACUGAAGUCUUGAUGAUAUGGUGUUUCUGCAGCAGAUCCCUUUUCACCCCCUCCUCCUCCUCCUCUUCCUCCUACUGCAAUAUUAGACCGAGUUUAGGGUGGAGUUAAGGUUGUUAUGUAGGAAACGUGACGUAUCUCUAGUUGACGCCGGUCACAGUAGUGGACACGUUCGAAGGUGACCGCCCUCGGAGAUAUGUCGGCGUUUAGUUGAUUUGAAGGCGUUGUUGGUGCUAUCCACGCAGGGAGCGGCUGCAGGCGGAGCGGCGUCAGUAGCCCCCUCCUUUUGUUAUCAGCGCCGUAGCAGGUGCUGGGUCACGGCGUUUCCAACCCCAAGCGAGGAGGUCGUAUUUUUAGAGCCACUUUGCCAUUCGAGAGAGAAACAACCGCAUUAUUUAUAUAUUGCCAAACUCUUUCUGCAUUUAAUUACCAGGACAUACAGUGUAUAGUUAUUAGGAAGCAAUGACAAAAAAACAAUCGGCACAGUUUUGUAGGAAAGGCGGGAUGAACUUCUUCUUUUUUUUGCAUCUAUCUGCUGGAAAAUGUCUUUCAUUGAAAUUUUUUUUUUUUAAAUGAAUUAUUUAUUUUCAUUUCCACAUGUACAUAUAUUUUUUGAAUUGUAUUUUUUCUCCAUAUGAGGUGUGGUUGUGUAACAGCACCUACCUCUUUUUUUAUGGUUAUUCAACAUUUUGACCACCACAAACGGAAUAGUCUCCUCCUUUUUUGAGUUGUUGAGAAAAUCUAAAUGUCAUGGAAAUAAUCCCACUUGUUUAUUUUUGUUGGAUCUUUUUUAUUUAUUUUAUUUUUACACAUUCUGCACGACUGCUUCCAAAUAUAAUUUUUCUAGCUUCACAUUGAUGAUUUUAUACCAACUUGAAGCUCCUUUUUUUUUUUAACAUUAAUCUUGAGUAACUCUCACUGCCAAUAUUCAAAGUCCUUUUUAUUCCUCUUGCUCCUACAAAAACAAAAGAGGCACCAAGUUGACAUUGCCAGUUGUAAUUCCAAGGCCCAUCUUGGCUGUAUCGGACAUGGUGCGUGUAAAUAAAGCUUAAAGAACCACUGAAAACCUGGA